AUGGAAGGCCCGAAUGUGGUGGCGGAAGAGGGGGGUGGGGGGCAGGCGGGGAAUGAAAUCCCCAGGGACUCCAAUAACCGAACGGCUACCGGUCCAGCCCCCCAGGACAGCUUGGAUUCAGGAACAACUGCAUCUGGGUCUUCUGGCAGGGAGGCUGGAGCGGCCUAUGGCAGGCGAUACGGUUGUGGCCGCGCGGAAAGGGAUGACAAGAUUCGCGUGGAAGUGGACGUUGCGGAGGAGAAGGAGGGGAGAUUGAACAGGUUUUGCUUGCCCUUUCACCUUGGAGGGUCCAUCAACUCUGAUUUGCCCGGCAGCAGCUCCAAGGACGUGAACAAGCCCGUGGAGCUGGUGUCCAGGGUGGCCCACGCCAAAAUAACCAGGUGGAAGGCGUUCAACCUGGCGUGGCUGCUCAUAGUGACGAUCCUCAUUCCCACCGCAGUCGUCCUUGUGUGGUUCGUGGCUAUCCCCAUCCAGGGGCAGAAUCUGAAAUGCACCAUGUUCACACCCGCGGAUGUGGGCGCCAGGAGGUUCAAUGAAUUAGCAGGGGAUGGCUGUUCAAGGGAGUUCGUCAGGGUGUGCGAAGAAGGAGAUUUUGGGGACAAGGCGUGGUGGGCCUUUGUCGUGAACCCAGGCACUUACGUCUUUUUCCAGUACAUGCUCAUCAGCAUCUUCCUAGCGUGCCUCGAUGAGAAGCGCCCCUGGCGGCCCUUCUUGAGUUAUGCCCCAAUCCUGCUGGUGGGCUACAUGGCUCAGCUGGGCAUCGUGGGUGCCGUCACCCUGGCGCACCGCACCUUUGAGGGGCUGGGCGUGGUGUCCAUCUCAAUCUCUGUGCUCGUCACUCUGGCUGGCCUGAAGAUACUGCGCAACUCAUUCGACUGCAACAUGGAACACUACAUGUUGAUCUACAGGCAGUUUGUGCGCAUCAUGGCCACUUUUGUUGUGUUCAUGCUCAUCCUGUGGGCAUACAUAAUCGCCAACACCAACACAGAUGGAUCGGGUCAGGGCUUCUACACAGUUGCCCUGGCCAUCAUCACCUUCAUAUUUAAGAAAGUUUUCUUGGCCAUGACGGACCCCUACCCGAUCGAGAUAGCCAUGGUGAUCUCCGGCCUGUGGUUGGAAAAUCUGGUGGACGUGUUCAUCACACUGGCAUAUCCCACAGCCAGGGGCUCUGUGGUGACCUUGGUGAUUAUCUGGCUGUCUCGGAUCGCAGAAGACGUUGCCUACUUGGGUUUCCAGCUGGAUAUAUGGUUCAAGUUUAGGGUGUGGAUCAAGGGCAAGUUCAAAAAGGAGCAGCAGGGGGCUAUUGAGGAGGACGUGGACAAGGACGACCGUGGCCACUCCAACAUUCACCCUGGCUAUCGCCGGCGCCAGAUGCGCUUCCUCAUUUGGAAACUGAUCUCCCAGCUGAGCUCUAACAUAACUUUUGUGAUCCUCAUGCCUGCCCUGCGUUUCGGCCAGAACAAGGAGUUCUACCCAUACUCAGAGAAUGAAUUCACAGUGCGCUUUCAGGAUGUACGGCAUGAUGAGGCGUACGACUGCUUCACAGAAGAGGACUUCAAAGGAACAGUGUGGUUCGCGAUGCUUGCGAUGUUGACAUUCUUCAUAUCAGGCUCGGCCAUCCUGGUGUUCAUGAAUCGGUACCACAAGGCUGUCCUGCAGGACCUUGUUGAUCGGUACAACCUGCUGAUUGUGCAGGACACCUACUUUGGGUUUGUGGUCUCAGUCCUGAUCAGCAACGUAGUACUGGCAGUAUCAUCGGUGCAAUACUACAACAGGGUUUACUACUUCUAG